AUGCUCAUCCUUGACGGUGGAUUGGGCACGGAACUAGAGACCCGACUUGCUAAGGAUGAUCCCCGCAACCCAUUGGGCAACCCCUUGUGGCUGGGACAGGUGCUUUUGCUGUCACCAGACCUCAUUGAACUGAUCCACCGAGAGUACGUUGAUGCCGGGGCUGAGGUGCUUGUCACCGCCACCUACCAGCUCCUGUACGCCACCUUAAUAAAGCACAAGAAUUAUACGUUGGACGAGGCCCACAAUUUGUGGAAUGAAGCGGUCCAGGUGGCGAAACGGGCGGCGAAGCCAGGGGUGAUGAUUGCGGGUCUGGUAGGUCCGUACGCCACCUAUUUGGCCGAUGGGUCAGAGUAUACGGGCGAGUACCACGGUGCUACUAUCAGUGAGUUGAGAGAGUACCACGAGCCAUUGGCCAAGUAUCUAAAUGGCCAUGCUGAUGUCGAUAUGGUGGCGUUUGAGACCAUCCCUAACCGCACCGAGCUUGAAGCGGUGAUCCAAGUCGCCGGGACGUUAAACAAGAAAUUCUACGUGCUGAUGAACUUAACCCCAAAAGGGUUAGUUGAUGGCACUGACAUUGACGACGUUAUUCGUCUCUUGGAACCGCUUAGGGGACUACUGAACUUUCUUGCUGUAGGGAUCAAUUGUUGUGACUAUAAACAAAUUGAAACGCUUGCUCAGUUGAUGCCGUUCCCAUUGUAUGUCUACCCUAAUCUUGGUUACGAGUACGACCAGACUAAAGGGUUUUACGGCGUGGUAAAAGAUGAUGACGUGUGGCGGGCAGCAGUAGAGGCGUGGAGUAAGCUCUCCAAUGUGGAGGCGAUAGGCGGGUGUUGCAGCACUGGCCCCCACGAGAUCGCCAUCGUCAAGGAGAUCGUCAGCAAGGAAUAA